GAAGCUAAACGAUGGUUGAUAAUCGGAGCUUAUGAAGCUGGAGCAACAGAGAAACAUAUUGCUCGAAUAUCAGGUCUUUCUAAAACUGCUGUUCGCAAUAUUAUAUUAAAUUACAAACGAACAGGAAUACCUUGCUUACCAAAAAGAAUACCAAAUAAGAUAAAACAAAAACUCAUCGUUGAAUAUGAUGAAAAUGGGGAAUUAAUCAUUACAGAUGAUGAAGAAGAU